AUGGUUCAGCAGAGGGGCCAGAAACAUUCAGCAGUCAUGGAUGGAGGUUUUUCCCAAGAGGUGUUUGUUGGACUGGGUGCUGAGGAUGGAGAUGAGGUUUUUGGGCAUGUCCCCCCUGACAAAGAUCCCAACUGGUGCAAAACUCCCACUGGACACAUAAAGAGACCGAUGAAUGCAUUCAUGGUCUGGUCCCAGAUUGAGAGACGGAAGAUUAUGGAACAGUGGCCUGACAUGCACAAUGCUGAGAUCUCCAAACGCCUUGGAAAGCGCUGGAAACUACUCCCAGACUAUGAAAAAAUUCCAUUCAUCAAAGAGGCAGAGAGACUGCGUCUCAAGCACAUGGCUGACUAUCCCGAUUACAAAUAUCGUCCAAGGAAGAAGAGCAAAUGUUCCACACCAGUGAAAGUUGGGGAAAAACUCCCACUGAAAACCAGCAAGUGCCACCCAGGCCGUUCUGCUACCUUCACCAGCAAAGGACUCAAAGUCAAACCCACCUCCUCCAAACAUAAAGUGAACUGCAACGGCAAUAAAUACAAGAGUUACAGUGAGAGCAUUAGUGAUGAUGACACAGUGGAUGUAAAACUGGUGAGUCCAGUAAACCUGCAAGACGAUCAAAGCCAGACAAGCCUGGCUGCUCUCUACCAGCAGGCUAAUACUUCCUCAAAGGAGCAGCAGCCCGUGCCCCAGCUGAAACAUAAAGUGCCCACCAACCAGCCAAACCGUACCCAGAGUUUCUCUUCAGAUGAUGGGGUACAUGCCCUUAAUGAGUCAAGGGCGUCUGAAUCCCAAGGGUCUCACUCCGGAAGAUCCUCCACACCAACUUCCACCAGCUCUUCUUCCUUCGUGUCCUCAGCCUCUUCAGACGAGGAGCUGGAUGAGGAGAUCUUGCAUAUCAUUUCCAAUGCUAACUUUGACAACAUGUCUAUGGACUGCUCUUCUCUGGACAAAGACAUUGAAGCAUUUCACGCCAACUCAGGAUCCCACUUUGACUUCCCUGACUACUGCACUCCAGAGGUGAAUGAGAUGAUCUCUGGGGACUUACUUGUACCUAGCAUCUCAGACCUGGUGUUCACUUACUGA